GGGGAGCCCGGAAGCGGGCCCAGAGCCAGGGCCCGGGCGGGCGCCACCGAGCGCGGACCUCCGCGCAUCCUAGAGCGGCCGCGGGAUCCGGCUGGCGGCACACUUCCGCCCGGGCAUAUUGUAUCCCCGCGGACGGCUGGGCCUGGGUGCUGGCCUGUGCCUCCCUCGCCUCCUGGCGCGGGCCUCGGGGAGAGGGGUUGACGCUGCCUGCCUGAAAACGAAGAAGCGCCGGUUCUCCACUCGGCAGCCAGAAGAAUCGCUUGGAAAACCUCCAGAUGCUGAGGCCCGGUCAUCACCGGGUAACUGUGAUCUGCGGCCAGGACUGAGAACCACGGCCUCAGAGUGAAAUGACAGUACUGUGAUCACGACUGGAAUAUGCACUUUACCGAACGUGGUGGAUCACAUUCUUGAGAAAGCAAGCAGCCAGGAUUUUUUGUUUUGUUUUAUUUUGGUCCAAGAAGUCAGGGACCUAAUCUGGGUGGAAGAUGUCUAUGGAUGUGACGUUUCUGGGGACGGGUGCAGCAUACCCAUCUCCAACCCGGGGUGCCUCUGCUGUGGUCCUUCGGUGUGAGGGCGAGUGCUGGCUCUUUGACUGUGGGGAGGGAACACAGACACAGCUUAUGAAAAGCCAACUUAAAGCAGGAAGAAUUACCAAGAUCUUCAUCACACAUCUUCAUGGAGAUCAUUUCUUUGGCCUUCCUGGGCUCCUCUGCACAAUCAGCCUGCAGAGUGGCUCCAUCGUGUCCAAACAGCCUAUUGAAAUCUAUGGCCCUGUAGGGCUUCGGGACUUUAUCUGGCGAACCAUGGAACUCUCUCACACGGAGCUGGUCUUCCAUUAUGUGGUUCAUGAACUGGUUCCCACAGUGGAUCAAUGUCCUGCAGAAGAACUGAAAGAAUUUACACAUGUGAAUAGAGCAGGCAGUCCUUCCAAAGAGGAACAAGGAAGAACUAUCCUACUAGACUCAGAAGAAAACUCAUACCUUCUGUUUGAUGAUGAACAGUUUGUUGUAAAAGCAUUUCGCCUCUUUCACAGAAUUCCCUCAUUUGGGUUUUCAGUUUUGGAAAAGAAACGCCCGGGUAAACUCAAUGCACAGAAACUAAAAGACCUCGGUGUUCCACCAGGUCCUGCUUAUGGGAAGCUGAAAAAUGGAAUUUCUGUUGUUCUGGAAAAUGGGGUUACAGUUUCUCCCCAAGAUGUCUUAAAAAAGCCUAUUGUUGGAAGAAAAAUCUGCAUAUUGGGUGACUGCUCUGGGGUUGUGGGUGAUGAAGGUGUAAAGCUGUGCUUUGAAGCAGACCUGUUGAUUCACGAAGCGACCCUGGAUGAUGCCCAGAUGGACAAAGCAAAGGAGCACGGCCACAGCACACCGCACAUGGCAGCAAUGUUUGCAAAGAUGUGCCGUGCAAAGAGGCUGGUUCUGACCCACUUCAGUCAGAGGUACAAACCAGUUGCCUUGGCCAGAGAAGGAGAAACAGACGGCACUGCAGAACUAAAAAAGCAAGCUGAAUCAGUGUUAGAUCUCCAAGAAGUGACUCUAGCAGAAGAUUUUAUGGUGAUAAGCAUUCCAAUCAAGAAAUGAAACCUUGAUUUCCUGAGUGCAUACUGACCUGUCUGUGAUAUGUUACUGAACCUAUAGUCCAGUUUUUAAUUUCUUGAUUUAGUCUGAAAUCAUUUGAGCCCUAAUAAUCCUAAAAAGAAUGGAGUUGCAUUGAUGAAUUGACUCAGUAUAUUUAAAGGAAGUAAGCUUUUUGAUAAUAAAUCUUUUUAAGAGGAAAAAACCCCAACAUCCUUAUUAAAGUCCAAAUUUGACAAAAUGA